ACUUACUCUGAUAACGAUGAAAUGAAACUAGACAGAAAUUUAAUUGCGAUUGUUUUGAUUAUUUGCCAAAUACUUGCUUGUAAAUCAAAAACGAUAUCCAUUCAGGUUACGCAUGAAGAAACGUUCGUGGUUCAAGGAGGAGAUGAUCAGGAUGUGGUUGAGAUGGAAGAUCCAAAGUUGACAAGUUUUGAGGAGAAGUCUGAGUUUCAGUAUUUAACCAGUCUUAAACACAGUGAGAGUAGGAAAGCCAGUAAAAAGUCAUACAGGGAUAACCAAGAAAGUAGUCAAAUAUGGCACGAGACGAAACAAAAUUCAGUGAAAGAAGUAAACCAAGAGAGAAAUGGUCAGUCUGAUACAUUAAACCAGGGGCCAGUAACCAAGAUAAUCACAUUAAAAACUAGUGACGGACUCGCUGAACAAAGGAGAAUUUCUCUAGAAAAUAUGAGCAACUCUUACAGAGACAAAAAAAUUAAGUCUGAGAUAAAAUCCAAAUUUAAACCAAGCACUCCAAAGCAGAUGGAUGGCAACUGGGAGCCAAUCAUCAUGAAUAAUUCAGGCAGAAAAGAAGCACAAGACUAUUAUAGAUCAACCUUUGGUUCAAAUUCCAGUCCUAAUGAUAUAGAUUUACAGGGGAAGUUACAGGACAUAGAAAAUAAUGACAGUAAAAUAGACCACCAGACGUCUCGAUCGUCCUCGAGGAAUUUCAGUGAGGACAAGAGGGAGAAACAACAUAUGUUCAACAGGUCACCAAGACUCAAGCGACAACUGGACAUUAAUGCUAUUGCUGAUGCUCACUUUGAGAAUUCUUCCUCAUCAAGGAGCAAUGACAGCAUUCAGAUGGUAACUGCCGAGGAUCGGAAGGUGGAGGAGAGGGCUGCAGCCCAGCGAGCUGACCUUCUGCGGUAUCUGGGAGGUACUCUAUUGUCUGUAGCAGGCUUUUCAUUCUUAGCCUAUUGCUUUAUCAAGGACCCUAAGAACUGUGUCACAGUAUUCGGUACCGGCUGCCCUUGUUGUGUACUCUGCCUUCCUUGUAUCAGGAAGUGUCAAGAGAAAAUGGAUAUGGAGCCUGUUAUCAAAGAAAACUUGAACCGUUAUCUGCCAGGAGUGAUCAUCCACCCGGAUGGGACAGUGGAUGCCUAUGAUGUCUCUCCUGAGGAAGUGGACCUAGUGUUUGAAAUCAUUGAUAUCAUUGGGGAAUAAAGUGAUGUGUAUAGUCAUGUACAAUAUUGCAGAUUAUAGUUUCAAUGGAGCAAAACGCAGCAGUUUAGUGUUGUUGUUUUUUAAUGUCAAACAGAAUUUUGAAACGUCUUUAGAUUUAUGUAGAAAUGUAGCUUGCAAGAAGUAAUGUGAUAGACAACUAGAAGAAAUCUGCUGUUGCAUAUGUACAAAAUCAUAUUUUGUUUAACAGCAUAGCAUUUUCUGUAUAGGCAUCAGGAGUUACAUAUGUGUGCUAGUAUCUCUAUUAUUAUUAUUCUACCACCUGGGUUUUAACCACACAGUAAUACAAUGUAUUUUCUUACUACACAAAACACACCAUUUUUACUUCCAUAGAACUUAUCAGUAAAAUCCAAGUUGCACACUUCCA